ACGUGCAAAGAAGGCCGCAAGAGCUUCGCUUCCUCAUCCAGAGGUCGGACUUCCCCGCCGGCUAACCCCGCAUUAUUUUCCAUUUCCUCUCAAUGAUCUCUCCGUAUUUCAGGAAAUAUGAUCAGCGCCCCUGAUGUGGUGGCCUUCACCAAGGAAGAUGAGUAUGAGGAAGAACCUUACAAUGAGCCCGCCUUGCCGGAAGAGUACUCGGUACCUCUCUUCCCUUAUGCCAGCCAGGGGGCUAACCCCUGGUCUAAACUGUCCGGGGCCAAGUUCUCCAGGGACUUCAUCCUUAUUUCCGAGUUCUCUGAGCAGGUGGGACCCCAGCCCUUGCUGACUAUACCCAAUGACACCAAAGUUUUCGGCACUUUUGAUCUCAAUUAGUUCUCCUUGCGGAUCAUGUCAGUGGAUUACCAGGCUUCAUUCGUAGGCCAUCCUCCUGGUUCUGCCUACCCCAAGUUGAACUUUGUGGAGGACUCUAAAGUGGUACUGGGAGACUCUAAGGAAGGGGCCUUUGCUUAUGUGCACCACCUUACCUUGUAUGACCUAGAGGCCCGUGGCUUUGUAAGGCCCUUUUGUAUGGCUUAUAUCUCUGCAGACCAGCAUAAAAUCAUGCAGCAAUUCCAGGAGCUUUCAGCUGAAUUUUCCAAAGCAUCCGAGUGCUUGAAGAUGGGUAACAGGAAGGCAUUUGCUGGGGAACUUGAAAAAAAGCUGAAAGACUUGGAUUACACAAGGACAGUGCUGCACACAGAAACUGAGAUCCAGAAGAAAGCCAAUGACAAAGGUUUUUAUACAUCUCAGGCAAUUGAGAAAGCCAAUGAACUAGCUAAUGUGGAGAAGUCCAUCAUUGAGCAUCAAGAUUUGCUGAGGCAGAUCCGCUCAUACCCUCGUCAGAAGAUGAAGAUACCUGAUUUGCAUCCUGGUGAUACAGAACAUACCCAAGGUCAGGCUGACCAGGUAUCCACUACCUCUAACCCUGAGGAGUCAGCUAAUGCAGACCUUUAUACCUGCAGGCCGGCUUACACCCCAAAACUCAUCAAAGCAAAGUCCACCAAGUGUUUUGACAAGAAGUUGAAGACCUUGGAGGAACUCUGUGACACUGAGUAUUUCACUCAGACCCUGGCCCAGCUUAGCCACAUUGAACACAUGUUCAGAGGGGACCUGUGCUACCUCCUGACCAAUCAGAUUGACAAAGCACUUAGAAAACAACAGCACAUAACAAAUUUCCUCUUUGAAGACUUUGUGGAGGUUGAUGACAGGAUGGAGAAACAAGAGAAUGUGCCCUCUCGGCACAGUCAGGACAGGCUGCCUUCUAGGCCUGUGGAAGAAUGCCCCAUUCCUAAAGUGUUAAUUAGUGUUGGUUCUUACAAGUCCAGUGUGGAGUCUGUGUUGAUCAAGAUGGAGCAGGAACUUGGAGAUGCUGAGUACAAGGAAGUGGAGGCCACAGAGUCAAGCAGUUUUGACCCCCAAGAAAACCUGGACUACUUGGAUAUGGACAUGAAAGGGAGCAUCAGCAGUGGGGAAAGCAUCGAGGUUCUGGGCACUGAAAAGUCAUCUUCCGUGCUGUCUAAAUCUGACAGCCAGGCCAGCCUCACGGUGCCCUUGAGUCCCCAUGUAGUCCGUAGCAAGGCAGUCAGCCACAGGACAAUUAGUGAGGACAGUAUUGAAGUCUUAAGUACCUGCCCGUCUGAGGCCCUCAUUCCUGAUGACUUUAAGGCCAGCUACCCAAGUGCCAUUAAUGAGGAAGAAGCCUAUGCAGAUAAUGAGGGGACCAUUCAUUUCCAGGCAAGUGUCAGCCCACCAGAACUGGGUGAGACUCAGGAGGGCAGCUUGGAAAAUACCCCAUCCCAAAUAGACUCCAGCUGCUGUAUUGGAAAGGAGAGUGAAGGUCAGCUGGUUCCUCUUCCCACCCCAGCUUACACUCUUUCUGAUGAGGAUGGUGUGGUGAGCAUCCCCCCACAGCGCUACAGGCAGAAGGACCAGGGGAUCCAUGUGGACGUCAUGAUGGAAAACACUGACCCUUCCCGAGACAACAGUUGUGAAAUGUUCUCUGCUUAUGAACUGGAUCCAAGCUGCCUUCUGGGUAGCCGAGAUGUUAGUAAAAUGAGCCUGGAUAACUACUCAGAUACUACAAGCUACAUGAGCAGUGUGGCCUCUACCAGCUCGGACAGAAUCCCCUCUGCUCACUCUGCUGGCCUAUCCUCUGAGAGACACAAAAAGAGAGCUGGUCAGAAUGCCUUAAAAUUCAUCCGCCAGUACCCAUUUGCCCACCCAGCCAUCUACUCCCUACUUAGUGGGAGGACACUUGUGGUCCUGGGCGAAGAUGAAACCAUAGUCAGGAAGCUUGUAACCGCACUGUCCAUCUUUGUCCCCAGCUAUGGGUACUAUCCCAAGCCAGUGAAGCACUGGAUUUCCUCCCCUUUGCAUAUUAUGGAUUUUCAGAAGUGGAAGCUUAUUGGCCUACAGAGGGUGGCCUCCCCUGCCAGUAUGGGUACCCUCCAUACCCUGAGCCGUUACAGCCGCUAUACAAGCAUCCUGGACCUGGACAGCAAGACCCUCCGCUGCCCCCUAUACAGGGGUACUCUGGUGCCCCGCCUGGCUGACCAUCGCACUCAGAUCAAGAGGGGCAGCACGUACUACCUACACGUCCAGAGCAUGCUCACCCAGCUCUGCUCCAAAGCAUUCCUCUACACCUUCUGCCACCACCUGCACCUGCCUGCCCACAGUGAGGAGACACAAGAAGCAGUGGCCAGCAGACAAACCAGCUUCCUAAAGCUCAACCUGGGACUAGUAAAUGAGGACAUCAAAGUGGUGCAGUACCUGGCUGAGCUGUUGAAGCUGCACUACAUGCAGGAGUCACCUGGGACCACCCACCCCCUGCUCAGGUUUGACUAUGUCCCCAGCUUUUUGUACAAAAUUUCCAGCCACUGUGACCAAGACCUGUGACUGGGUAUGGGGAGGGAGAAGGGUUAAUGUAACUAAACAGUUGCCUGAGCUGGAGUGUCGAGCUUUCUGGUGUUAGCAGGAAGGAAACAGGUGGCAGUUGUGGUUCCCAUCUCACCCUGGGCAGUAUGUGAAGAGGGCCGAGCAGAGGUGGAGCCCAUCUCUCUUGAGGUGGCUGGAAGAACUGCAGCGGCUCUUGGUUCCAUGGGGAAGUGGCCGCCAAAUAAGGAGGUGUCCCUAAUUUUCCAAGAACCAGCAGUCUGGGCAGGAGGAGAAAGCUCUAGACCCUGUGGGGCUGGAAAAGAUGCGUCUAAGUAGCCAAAGCCCAGAUGACACCAGAGUGGCAGAAUCAGUCUGGGAACUGUGGUGUGUGUGACGCAGGACAGCCAUCGCCUCCAUCUACCUCUACCAAGGCCCUUUACUUGGCUUCCUGGAGCUGGAUAACUGAGGGGAGACCCCUGAACAAGGACGUGGAGGAACAGUGCUCUGGUCAGUUGGAGACACAUCUGGGCUCUGGGUGAUGCAGACCACAAGUAGCCCUUUGUACUGUCUUCCCCUCUGUCAAGGAAGUGCUUAUUGAGUCCCUGGGGGUCAUUCCUCAUGGUGGUCCUGGAUGUGAAGCAGAUUUCAAACAGCUACAGCCAGUACAAGAACUACCUGGGGAGCUGUAGAUGAAGCAGGUCAUAGGCCAUUCCCACUAUGUAUGACAGAAGCUGCCCACUGGCUCUUCUCAGCCAUAACAUGACCUUGGAUGCCCCUGAAAAGGUCUGCAGCACUUUAUUACCUAUCCUGGAGGCUGGGGCUUGGUGACAACUGAGUUCUGACUGGAACUUAGGCUCAAGGUUAUCCUGUACCAGCUCCUGGGUGGCUGUCUUUAUAGUUCCUGUCUGGGAGGCAGUAUACACCUCCAUCCUUACAAUCAUCCACAUGUCUCUUUUCCCUUCAAAGAACUUUGAGCCUGGGAGGGAGGCACCUUCUGGUCCCCACCUGACCCCCUGUUGGCCAUCGUCGUGACCUCCCUGGGACUCCUGUUGCAGCUGCUCCUGUUGUGCUCCAUGGAGUGCUUCUCACUAUCUUGAAAAUGUGAGACCUAUUUAAAAAAUGUUUUCUCAGCCAGGCCGUGGUGGCACACACCUUAAAUCCCAGCACUCGGAAGGCAGAGGCAGUUGGAUUUCAGUGAGUUCAAGGCCAGCCUGGUCUAAGUUCCAUAACAGCCAGGACAGAGAAACCCUUUUUUGGGAGGGAAAUGUUUUCUCUCUAAAUAGAAGCUCUGGUUGUUACUGCUGCUUUUUAAUUUGCUAUCAAAGCAAACAAAACCCUGCAGUAAAUUGGACCUGGAUCAGCCCUGUGCAUGCAUCUAUUAGAAGCUGUGUCCCCUACACUCAGGUCUGUCAGCUGGCCACAUCACUGAAGUCUCUCACAAGAAGGAACCCUGUAGAAGCCAAGUAACCAAAAAUGGCUUGGAACAUGCCAUUUUUGUGUCAUGUUCCUUGCCCAGGUCUUUGACACAAGGUUGCAACCUGUUGGUUCUGGUCCAUGGCUUUAGUCAUGGUCCCCAUUUUACUUUAGACAGAAUAUGGUUUUGCUUCUGAGUUUUUGACAGAACCAGAAUUUUGUCACUGUGUCUGUUACAUGUAUUUACCGACACUUUAGCUGCUGUGGUUUCUCUUCACGGGCUCCUUCAUCUGCUAUUGCUUCUUAGUGUUCCAAAUGCUACUUUGACUGGUUUGCUAAGUUUGGUUUCCUCAGGCCUCCAAGGAUGAAUGUGUUAUGGAGUUCAAGAGCCAGGCUGGGAAGUGGUCAGUUGCUGGUACCACAGCCUAAGCAUGGGGACUCGAAGGUGAACGCUGUUCCCUGCACUGAGAAAGCUGGAUGAGCUGCAGCUACUUUGGCCUUCUGCAUACUGAAAGCACAGACUUGGGCGGACUCAAGUGGAGCUCCAGGUACCAGGUUCCUCCCUGGCAUUCAGAAGACAAAGUGACCCAGAAGACAAAGCCAAGCCUGAUGUGGAGUGGGUGGAACAGUCUUUGUAUGGCAAGUGUGGAAAUGUCAAACAGGUGCCUCUUGAAUGGCUCCUCACUAAAUACAGACUGACAAGGGAGUUGUUUUUGAGACAGGAUCUCGUAACCCAGGCUGAGUUCAAAUUCAGAAUGUACUAAGGAUAACCCUAAACUCUUGAUCCUUCUGCCUCCACAUCCUAAUUGCUGAGAUUAUAAGUGUGUGCCACCAGUACCAGUGUCUAGAUUUAGACUUUGAUUUUAAAUCUUUGUUGUGGUGAUUUGAAAGGAUCACUUAAUGCGGAAAGCAUGUUUCCUCUCGAGAUGAGUCACAGGGACUGAGUUUGAACAGAGGCAGUUAAUGCUUUGCUUCUCUGCUUUAGAGGGCUGGGAUCUUCCAGAAGAAGCAUAUGUGUACUCCUCUGUGCUGUGAAGACCUACGCAGCAGGACUCAGCUCCUUAAAUCUUCAUGUGGUCAUUUGGUGUGGUGGCACACAUCUCUAAUCCCAGCAUUCAAUAGGCAGAGACAGGUGGCUCUCUUGUGAGCUAGAGGUCACCCUGAUCUGCACAAGUUCCAGGCCAGCCAGGGCUACAUAAUGACAUCCUGUCUUAAAGAACAAAAGGUUUCCACCUGAAGUGUUAGGCUAGUAAGGCUUUUGUUUUUUGUUCUUCUGAGACAGUCUAGUAUAGCCCAGACUAAUUUGUAGCUAAUCUGUAGCUAAGGUUGACUUUGAACUUCUGAUCCUCCUGCCUCCACAUGCUAAGAUUGCAGGACUGUUGUGCCUAGACUACACGGUUUUGGAGAAUGAACCCAGGGCUUCAUACAUACUAGGCAAGCACCCUACCAACUGAGCUACAUGCCUAGUCUGGCUAAUUUAAGUUAUACUACUAAAAACACCUCAUAGAAAGAUAACAGAGCUCUUCUUUAUUCCUGUCAUUUUGAGUCCUGGCACUAAAACUGGUAAGUCAGGUUUAUUUCAACUUGACUGCCAAACUAUUAUUUCCCUUCUUUUUUUAAAAGCUGUCAGUUUAAGACCCAUUCAGCUGAGCUGGUACAUUGUUCUACCAAUAUACAAGUCAUGCUGGUGCAUUACUUACAUUUACGUGCUCCACUGUUGAGUUUAGUCCAUGGUCUUCUAUACAAUGUCGGGGACACAUGGAACACACUGGCUUGAGUUGCUACCUCCUGCCUCACCAUUUCCCUUCAGUAGAACCUUGAAUUAAAAAUGUUUUAACUCAGCCUGGUGGUGGUUCGCUGGAGAUUCGCUGGGUUUGAAACUGCCUGGUCUACACAGACCCUAUCUCAAAAACAAAUGUUUUAACCCCUCCAUGAUUUGCUACUGAAGUUGCUUUAGUUACUCUGGAACUGGACUUCAGUCAUACCUGAUCUGACCUUUAACUCCUUUACUUUAGAUCAGUCGCAGUAUUUAAAGUACAAAGGAUUUCAACCCCAUCUAAAUUAGUUCCCAUCUCCUAAUCUUAGGAAAGCAGGAGACCUCCCUUCUCCUUUGCUAGGUAUCAAAGCCAGCAGUGCUAUGUGGUACUGGAGGCAGAAUUUCUAGAUUAUCUUGUACGCAUCUUGGCUACCCACUAGCUUCGCUCAGUCCAUGCCACUCCCCAGCCUGAGUGCUACUUAUUGGACCAAUGUCCUGUGCUACGGCCACCAUGGUUUAUCUCCCAAAUGGUUGGGUAGUAGUAUCGGACCUAGUCAAUGAUGAUGUAUCAUCAGGUAUGCAAGGCCUCUGGAGGUACCAAAUCCUCGUGGCAGUAGGCCAUCCAGGCUUUCUACUUCCCUAGAAAAUUCCUAAGAAAGUGCCUUGGCUUGUACUUUGAAACAAAUUAGCCAGCUUUCUGGCUUUACUCUAAUACUGUGAUCAAAUGGAAUUGUUAAGGGACACACUCAUACUUAGGCUGCAGAAAGAUUAGAUUUAUUUUGCUCUGAAAACAAAGCUUUGUUUGAGCUUAAACUUGGGCCCACUAAGCUUUGGGAAGAAACAGCAGGAACAGAUGAGGUGUAGCAGUGGGAAAAAGCAUCCUACAGUGUUGAUCUACUGGUUUACAGUGCAGGUCCCCAGGAGGCCCUACUUGGAGCUGUAUAGUUGUCUUCAAUGAGGCAGGAAUUAAGACUGCUAAGGUGUGCAGUGGCCCCACAAUCAGAGAUGAGGGGACCAGUAUGACAUCACACCCCAUGGAAACAGACACAGCUGGCUUCACAUGGUGGAGACAGUACCAACAACGGACCAGCUCCCAGGAGUCUUAGCCAAACUAUCUUAUACUGGACAGCUGGAGCUACAGGCUGGACUGAGGCACAUAGCAGUUAGUGAGCAGCACAGUCUGCAAUGAACUUUUGCUAUUUUCUAAGAAGCUAUUUUACUAUUGCAUGUCCCACCAUGUCUGUGAAUAAUGUGUUCCAACCUGCAAACUGCACAGUACUGGAACCAGAGCACUGCUGAUGUGACCGUGUCCCACAGGCAUUAUACACAAAAGUUUAACCAGCGUAAAUGCCAAACAAAUAGUAUGAGGAGUGUACUUUUUAAGAUAUUAAUUUAUUUGAGUUCAGAUAUUUUUAAAAUAUAAAAACUGGUUGUAUUUUUUAAAGCUAUAAUUCUUGUAGACAUUCUGUGGGUAAAAAUUUGAUUGUGCAUAUUAAAAAGUCACCAAUGGUUUGCAAUGUGAGAAAUAAAGACUCUUUGGGAAGGUG